AUGGAUAAGGCUCCCGAGCAGAAAGGCAGCAUCACCGAUUGGGUGAAACCCGGCGAUAAGUCGGGAGAGUUCAAGAGGCAGACGUCCGUGUUCAGGAACUGGAUUGAGAACAAGCCUGAGGCUGAGUUCCCACCUGAAAAGGGGAGGUAUCACCUAUACGUGAGCUAUGCAUGUCCGUGGGCGCAUCGCACGAUGAUUGUGCGGAAGUUGAAGGGGCUCGAGGACUUUGUUGGCAUCACGAGCGUGCACUGGCACAUGGGCGAGAAAGGUUGGAGAUUCGCUGAAAAGGGCGAGAAGGUUGCGGGGGAUUUGACGACUCCCGAUCCAAUCCACAAGGACUUCACGCACAUCCGCGACAUCUACUUCGAGCAGGACCCGAACUAUAACGGGCGCUUUACUGUGCCUACACUGUACGACAAGAAAGCGAGCAAGAUCGUUAGCAACGAGAGUAGCGAGAUCAUCCGGAUGUUCUAUACGGCGUUCGAUGACCAUCUUGAGGAGAAGUACAAGUCAGUCGACCUCUUCCCGACCAAGCUUCAAAAAGAUAUUGAGGAGAUGAACGACUGGGUGUACAACGACAUCAACAACGGUGUCUACAAGAGCGGCUUUGCUACCACCGAAGAAGCCUACAGCAAAGCCGUAACCACCCUCUUCACCUCCCUCGACCGCGUCGAGAAAAGCCUCUCCACCUCCUCCACUCCUUACCUUCUCUCAUCUCCCACCAUCACAGAAGCCGAUGUCCGGCUCUACACGACCAUCGUCCGCUUCGACCCUGUCUACGUGCAGCACUUCAAGUGCAACAUCAGAGACAUUCGCAGCGGGUACCCGCACCUGCACAAGUGGAUGCGGAACCUGUACUGGGACCAUCCGGCGUUUGGUGAGACGACGCAAUUCGAGCAUAUCAAAAAGCAUUAUACGAAGAGCCAUAGCCAGAUUAAUCAAUUUGCGAUUACGCCGGUGGGACCGCUGCCGGAUAUUUUGGGGAAGGAUGAGGAGGUACCUGCUGUGAAGGCUUCGAAGAUUUAG